UUUCUACUCUCCAGAAGGCAUUCACGUCUAUACUUGAAUUGUUCUCCCAUCGUAACUUCAAUCUGCACGUGAUCUUCAUACGCUUUGCAUACUUAAAACCACGCGUGUAUUUCGCCUCUGAACGACUUGCGAUCCACUUAUGCAAAUAGUAUCCAAAACACCAUGAGUUCAUCAGCAAAAUGUCGUCUCCUAGUCCCAGUGUUUGUUUGGGCUUGUGCCAUUCUUCACAAAGUGUGUGCAGGAGACCAAUGGUGGAGAGUGGAUCUGGAGGCUGCGUACUGCUUGACAAGAAUCACUGUAGUCAACACAAAUGUUAAUGUAACGCAAACAAAUGUCGAUGCUACACGUAUGACAGUCAGCUGGUCUACAGUGCCCUGUGCUGAUCAUUACAGCGUGGAGUAUGCCCUGACCUAUAAGGAUAAGUGUGAACACAUCAAUACACCAGCGUACAGUAGCCGCUGCAUGUGUCAGGGAAGCAUGACAAUUAUAAACAGUCUGAUGCCAAACUCUGGGUACACUGUACGAGUCAAGGCUUAUGUAUAUGGUGCAUACGGACCAAUAAAAACAGCAAUCGUCACAACCGCAUCAUCAGCACCGACUGGACCACCCACUAUUGUGACACCUGGGUCUCAAGCCCAACGCAGCCUAGCCUUCUCCUGGAGCCUCCCAGUGUGUGGAAACCGAGGCGGUGUCAUCACAGGAUACGACUAUAGGCUUAGUACAAGUGGAGCUGCACCAAUGACUCGCCAGACUACAGCAAGCCUCUCAGUUACAAUAGAUGGACUUACUCCCUUUACUUAUUACAGUUUUCAAGUUGCUGCAAGGACUAAUGAUGGGACUGGACCGUACAGUGCGGCUGUAGCAUCAAGAACACACGAAGCAGCGCCCACAGUUCCCCGCAAUGUUCGCAUCCUGUCGAUAGAUUACAUGUCCGUCAGUCUGGGCUGGAGUGUACCGGAUCCACCGAAUGGACGCAUCACACACUACAAUGUUCGCUACUGGAGGAGUGGAGACAUGCAAAACAUGGAGACUGAUCCUAUUGUCAUAGGAUUGAUGCACAGUAUCACGGGCCUUGAAGCCGGUGUGCCAUACCUGUUCGUGGUGCAAGCUGUGACGUCUGUUGGUCCUGGCCCUUGGAGUGACUAUAUCGAAGCAACGACAGCAAUCGGAGUUCCUCGACUUGUAAGGAAUCUGAACUUCACGAAGAGGACAGAGACAUCUAUCACUUUGGUCUGGAACCCACCGCUACGACCUAGAGGACCAAUCACUGGUUACAUAGUAGAGUACCGUAUCUUGGACAGGCCUUAUCGACCAGACUUCACAGCAGGGGACACAUACGAAGGCAGUGAAGCUCAGAAUUCACCCUUUACAAUAACCAACCUGGAACCUGGUACUAAAUAUGAGUUUAGGGUGUUGGCAAAGAAUGAAAUGUUCACAGGGACAGAACACCGAGUGUUGGAAGUUUACACGAAGCCGAUGACGGAUCCACCUGCUCCACCCAAACCCACUCCAAUUCAAGAGAAAACAACAGACAUGACAGUCACAAUCAGUUUGGCAGCUCCAAAGUCUGUUGUGUACAUUGAAUCAUACGUGAUUGAGGUUAAGAAGGCUGGUACAUUGUCUGUGACCAAAAGAGAUGUUCUCGUUACGAGACGUUCUGAGGACCUGGGUGACGGUUACAUUGCUGCUGAAUUUCCUAAGAAUAGCCUUCCUGCUGAAUUCGUAGUCGGAGACUCUAAGAUGUAUGGCGGCUACAGGAACGCACCGCUGCAGCGAGAUGCUGUAUACAACAUCCGUGUUGGGUCUGUUACCAAAGGCAACGAAACUGUGACCACGGUAACAUAUUCUGAGCCACUGACAGUCAUUGUGCAAAAACCAUCAACGAAUGGCAACGGAAUCAUUAUUGCUGCUGCCGUGUUUAGUGCGAUAGUGGUUGGUUUUGUCCUAAUUAUUUUCGUUGGAUGUGUGGUGUGGAGGAGACGAAAUCGCCAGAAUGCUUCAAACAGUUCUCUAAUAGUGCCCAGACCUGUGGAACUGGUUGCCAAACCCACAACCUACGAAAACUACCCACCAAGAGCUGUCAACCCCGAUGGCGAUAUAUAUGAGGAUGUUGGGCUUCCCGUCUGGGCCAGGAAACUGGAAAUCAAAUGGGAGAAUUUGAUGAUCGAUGAUGAGAUUCUUGGUAAGGGUAACUUUGGCGAGGUACGGGCAGGAGGCGUGAGAAUCAGAAGCCAGGUCACCAAAGCAGCCAUCAAAACUCUCAAAGACAGCACCUCUGAUGCUGCUACGGACUUCAAGGCAGAGUUGCAGACGAUGGUGGGCAUUAAACCACACCCUAAUAUUGUACGUCUCCUUGCCGCAUGUUUUCAUGAAGGCAUUCUGUAUGUGGCACUGGAGUUUCUUCCCAAUGGCAAUCUUCGUGAUUAUCUGAGGAGCAUUCGCCCGAAGCAGAAAAGAGCUGGCCACUCAACUGACGGCGCAUCUCCGGUGACUUCUUCAAACUUGUUGAAAUUUGGCACAGACGUUGCCAAGGGGAUGGACCAUCUCUCCAAGACAGGAAUUAUCCAUCGUGACUUGGCAGCAAGGAACAUACUUCUGGCCGAAGACCUGACCGCCAAAGUGUCUGAUUUCGGCCUUUCACGAGGAGAGAACAUCUACGUUCAAAAAUCAUCGACCAGGAUUCCCGUUCGCUGGUUGGCUAUCGAAUCUUUGACGCGUCGUGUCUACAAGUCCAAAAGUGAUGCGUGGUCGUUUGGCAUCUUGCUGUGGGAGAUAGCAACAUACGGAGCCACUCCGUACCCUGGUAUUGAAAGUAAGUCACUGGCCGAGAGAUUGCUGGAUGGAUACCGCAUGCCCAAGCCGGACAACUGCGCCGAUGAAAUUUAUAAUCUGAUGUUGAAGUGCUGGCAUGAGGUGCCAAGUAAGCGUCCAACCUUCAAAGUACUCUACGAAACUCUCGAGAAAAUGAACUCCAAAUCGUAUGAAAAUGUUGUCUUGUCACCGACUGUCUACGAGAACUUCAUCAUCAAGCAUGAGUUUGAUGACAACUAGAUGACGUCAUUAUCUUUACGCUGUAAUGCAUCAUCUUCGAAAUUAC